GAGGGGGGAAGUUUUCAGCGCUGUGCGUGGAGGCUGAGGUCAUAGCACAAGCUCAGUGAAAGCUCUCUGAGGUUUCUGACUGCAUGUGCCACCAUUUUGAGUAGUUAGAGUAAGGAAAGGGGAGAGUUUAGAGCAGGAACUGCAGGCUGAGGGAUCCAGGCAGAGCCAGCAGCGUCUGUGCUAGUGAUGGAUGACCUCUUCAGCCCCUGCAGGAGGCUAAAUAGCACCCAGGGUGAAAUAAGAGUUGGACCCAGCCAUCAGGCCAAGCUUCCUGAUUUACAGCCUUUCCCAUCUCCAGAUCGUGAUGCCAUUACUCAGCAUGAAGAGUUGGUGUGGAUGCCGGGUAUUAAUGACUGUGACUUGCUGAUGUACCUGCGUGCGGCCAGGAGCAUGGCAGCCUUUGCAGGGAUGUGUGAUGGGGGAUCGACAGAAGAUGGUUGUGUUGCUGCUUCUCGAGAUGACACUACGCUCAAUGCUCUCAAUACACUACAUGAAAGCAAUUACGACGCUGGGAAGGCGUUGCAGCGCUUGGUGAAAAAGCCAGUUCCCAAAUUGAUUGAGAAAUGCUGGACAGAAGAUGAAGUGAAGAGGUUCAUAAAGGGUUUGAGACAAUAUGGCAAGAACUUCUUCAGGAUCAGGAAAGAACUGCUUCCAAACAAAGAAACAGGUGAGCUCAUAACUUUUUAUUACUACUGGAAGAAAACCCCUGAAGCAGCUAGCUCCCGAGCACACCGCAGACACCGCCGUCAGGCAGUCUUCCGCAGAAUUAAAACACGCACCGCUACCACUCCUGUGAACACUCCCUCACGCCCACCGUCCAGCGAAUUCUUGGAUUUAAGCUCAGCCAGUGAGGAUGACUUUGACAGCGAGGACAGUGAACAGGAGCUGAAAGGCUAUGCAUGCCGACAUUGCUUCUCUACUACAUCUAAGGACUGGCACCACGGAGGGAGAGAGAACAUUCUUCUGUGUACAGAUUGCAGACUUCACUUCAAGAAAUACGGUGAAUUACCACCUAUUGAAAAGCCUGUGGAUCCACCAACAUUUAUGUUCAAACCUGUCAAGGAGGAAGAGGAUGGACUUAAUGGGAAACACAGUAUGAGGACCAGGCGGAACAGAGGCUCGAUGUCAACUCUACGAAGUGGCCGUAAAAAGCAAACUACUAGCCCAGAUGGCAGAGUAUCGCCUAUAAAUGAAGAUAUACGGUCCAGUGGUCGAAACUCUCCUAGUGCUGCUAGUACAUCCAGUAAUGAUAGCAAAGCAGAGUCUUUGAAGAAACCUCCUAAGAAAAUCAAAGAGGAGGCCUCGUCCCCACUAAAGAGUGCCAAACGUGCAAGAGAGAAGCCAGUGUCUGAUGCUGAAGAGACUGACAGGGCCAGUGCAAAGAAAUCUAAAACACAAGAAAUCAGUGGACCAAACUCUCCAUCUGAAGGAGAAGGCGAGGGUGAAGGUGAAGGAGAAGGGGAGAGCUCAGAUAGCCGAAGUGUUAAUGAUGAGGGAAGCAGCGAUCCAAAGGACAUUGAUCAGGAUAAUCGCAGCACAUCCCCCAGUAUUCCCAGUCCUCAGGAUAAUGAGAGUGACUCGGAUUCUUCAGCUCAGCAGCAAGUGUCGCAGCCACAAAAUGGAGCUCCAACAAUGGUGCCACCUGCUGUGUCUCCAGGACCUCUACCACCUUCAAUACCUCCUUCCCAUAGUAUUGCUCCAGCACAGAUAUCACCGUGUUCUUCACUGCCUCCUUCCCAACUGCCUCAGCCUCCAUCGCUUUCACUUGUUCAAGCUCCAGUUCUUCACCCUCAAAGGCUUCCCUCGCCACAUCCAGCCAUCCAGCCCCUUGUUGGGUCACAAGGAGAGCCGCAACCACCUACUCCCACCCUAAUCCACCCACAGUCUCCGCACCAUGGGCCAUUACCCUCAAUGCCACUUAAUAUGCAGGCACAACCUAUUCUACAAUAUCCAGGUUCCUCCCCACCUCAACCAUGUGCCUCUCAGGUCUCUCCGGUGCCACAAACACCCUCCCAUGUUUUCCCUCAUACUUCUCAGGGACAACAAACUCCUCAGCCUCCUCUGCAGACCCCCUCUCAAACACCACGUGAGCAGCCUUUGCCUUCUGCGGCCAUGGCCAUGCCUCAUAUAAAACCACCUCCUACCACACCUAUUCCUCAGAAUCCUUCACAGUCCCACAAACAUCCUCCUCAUUUACAGGGACCCUCACCCUUCUCCAUGAAUUCCAAUUUGCCGCCACCUCCUGCUCUUAAGCCCCUAAGUUCAUUACCCACCCAUCACCCUCCUUCCGCUCAUCCUCCUCCUUUGCAACUUAUGCCACAAAGCCAGCAACUUCAGUCUUCUGCAGCCCAGCCACCAGUCCUGACUCAGAGCCAAAGCCUUCCCCAGACUUCUGGACACCCUCAAUCAGGACUCCAUUCCAUACCACCCCAACCUGCUUUUCCACAACACACAUUUAUUCCUGGUGGGCCUCCUUCAAUCACACCACCAUCAUGUGCUUCUACAUCUACAGCAUUAGCAUUGCCUGCUGCAUCUCCGGGUCUUCAACCACCUCCACCUGUAUCAAAUGCCACAGCUUCUUCUGGCGUUUGUAUCCCGGGGGUAUCUCCCUCCCCAAAUCCACCACCAUUGCCCCCAAUACAGAUCAAAGAAGAGGCCCCUGAUGAAAUUGAAGAACCUGAAAGUCCUCCACUUCCUCCUCGAAGCCCAUCUCCGGAGCCCACAGUGGUAGAUGCGCCAAGCCAUGCCAGCCAGUCUGCAAGGUUUUACAAGCAUUGGGAUCGAGGCUACAACUCGUGUGCAAGAACAGACCUCUACUUUAUUCCUCUGGCUGGAUCAAAGCUGGCUAAGAAGAGGGAGGAAGCUGCCGAAAAGGCCAAGAGGGAAGCGGAACAAAAAGUCAGAGAAGAAAGAGAACGUGAAAAGGAGAAGGAAAAAGAGAAGGAGAGGGAGCGAGAGAGAGAAGCAGAAAGAGCUGCGCAGAAAGCUUGCAGUUCACACGAAAGACGCCUUGAAGAAAAUCAGCUGAGUGCUGCAACUCACAUCAGAGCUUCUUUUGAACCACCUCCUACUACCAUAGCUGCUGUACCCCCUUAUAUUGGGCCAGACACACCUGCCCUACGAACCCUAAGUGAAUACGCUCGGCCGCAUGUUAUGUCCCCCACCAAUCGCAAUCAUCCAUUCUUUGUCCAUCUUAACCCCAACGAUCCACUAUUGGCUUACCAUAUGCCAGGAUUGUAUAACAUUGAUCCUACCAUGAGGGAACGGGAAUUUCGUGAGCGUGAGCUGCGAGAACGUGAAAUCCGGGAGAGAGAACUGCGGGAAAGGAUGAAGCCUGGCUUCGAGUUGAAACCCCCUGAGUUAGACCAACUACACCCUGCAGCUAACCCAAUGGAACAUUUUGCAAGGCAUGGCGCACUAACAAUCCCCUCAACAGCAGGACCUCAUCCAUUUGCUUCUUUCCAUCCUGGCCUAAAUCCACUAGAGAGAGAGAGACUGGCUCUGGCAGGACCACAACUACGGCCAGAAAUGAGCUAUCCUGAGAGACUGGCAGCUGAGAGGAUACACGCAGAGCGCAUGGCAGCACUUUCUAAUGACCCUUUGGCCAGACUCCAGAUGUUCAACGUCACUCCUCAUCACCACCAACACUCGCACAUACAUUCACACCUCCAUCUCCAUCAGCAGGACCCUUUACAUCAAGACUGCUGCUGUAACUCUAAGUCUUGGCCGGGCGUGGCUGAAAACGGGACAUGUGUUCCAGUCCACUUUCCUGGGUCUGCAGGUCCUGUUCACCCAUUGGUGGAUCCCUUGGUUGCUGGGCCUCAUCUGGCACGCUUCCCAUACCCACCUGGUACCAUUCCCAACCCAUUGCUGGGACAACCUCCCCAUGAGCAUGAAAUGCUUCGACACCCUGUUUUUGGUACCCCUUACCCUCGGGACCUGCCUGCAGGUCUCCCACCUCCAAUGUCUGCUGCCCACCAGCUUCAAGCUAUGCAUGCUCAGUCUCAUGAGUUACAGAGGUUAGCAAUGGAGCAGCAAUGGUUACACGGGCACCCUCACAUGCACGGAGGGCACUUACCCAGCCAAGAAGAUUAUUACAGUCGACUGAAGAAAGAAGGGGACAAACAGUUGUAACAACGUGACCAUGGAUCCUUCCCUCCCCUCCAUCCCUCCUUAGGAGAGUCAGGCUCCAUACAACGGGUCCCCAGAGGCUGCGCAGAUUUCUUCUGUAUUUAAGACUCGCUACACCCUUUCCUUCAUCUGUAGAGAAGACACCUCAAAGCCGUCCUGGAAGUUCCCUGCAUGACACACAUUCUUCCCCAGCCUCGGGAGGGAGCAGGUUUGGGGGAGAGGGAGGGCAGUCGAUGGACAAUGGGAACAGUUUAGACUUUUUCUCCUCACAUUCUGGAGGUACAAAGACCCAUAUAUUCACUUACUGUGUGUGAUUGAUGCGACAGACUUCUUACCCUCCAACCGCACCCAGGGGUCUCUAGUGCUGUGAUACAGAUAAUUCCAUUUUUUAUUACAUUGUCAGGAGACUGCGAUCAUUGUACAAAGUUGCUCCUGUCUGUCCACUGACUACAAUCAUUCUGAGAGCAAGGGCUGGUGGAACGUUCUCAAAAACGUGUCCCUGUAUUGCAGUUACCAGCUGUGAGCUCAACCAACUGGAGGCCACCAUUGUUUAAUCACUUCACUGCCUGCCAGCACUAUCCUGUGCCAGCUUGGUGGUUAAGAUACACAGAAGAGGAAAGACUUUAGACAUUACCAAGAAUGCAGUGGUAAUGGUAUGAUCCUAAAUCCAUGCUAUUGCGUUAUUAUUCGGUUAACUGCUUCUUCCUGUAUAAACCUAAGUGAUUCCUAUUCCCACCUCUUUCCAACUUCCACCACUUCACUGCUCUCCCCUUCUCCAGACUGUGUUUGAUCCGUGGAGAGACAGAUUUUGGGUUUUUUGUUUUUUUUUUUGUUUUAUUCUAAUUGUUUUACUCCCAAACGAUUCUCCUUACAAGUUAUUGUACGUCACUUGUAGAUAAGGGGCUACAGCGUUUUAAGUUGUAGAUGCAAAAUGCACACAGGCUUGUGCGUAUCUUCACUUUAUAGCAUUGAAGUUUCUGCAGGGUUAGAACUUUUAUUAUUUAAUUUAUAAGGAAAACGUCCUAUAUUUUAGUGUUUCGGGCCUGCUAUACCUAAUGCCAAGGGUUUUAUUUGUACAGAUUCUAUUUAACCUGGGCUAUUAUUUUUUUAUUUCACGUCAUUUUUUUUUCCUGUUGUCUGUUUAUCUAAUUGUUUCCCCCCCCCACACUUCUCUUCCAAAAUUACAAUAGCAGGUUUUGACACAGGUGAAAUGAUUUAGCUGUGCAGCUGACAAAUAUAAAGGCACAUUUAGCAACUGAGGUCUAUAAGGGCAGGCAGAGGUUGAAGUAAAAGGCAAGGCCUGGGAGCUGCUUCUAGAAGCUUCAUGCAUGAGAACAGUUGUCCGGAUGCUGAAGAAUCCUCUUUCACACGGUCUCCUAGCAACCCCCAAUCAGGGCACUGUCCCUGCUGUUCUGACUGUUAUUUCUGGCACGCGGGAUAAAGGCUCAAGCACCCCUUCACUCUUCAACAAGUAGACAACGCCUAUUGGUGGCAGAUAUUAGGGGAAGUUUGCUCCACUGCUGAUAUGUCUUUUGCCAAACCUUUAUUUUUAAUAAUAAUGUCGCCUUUGUUCACCUGUAGCAACAUAAUGGCAAUGCUAUAUUUUAUUAUUAUUAUUAUUUUAUUAUUAUUCAUAUGUCACUUAACCUACAUUACACUGAGAUCGGGAACAACAGUUGAAGUCUUCUGAUGCUACGGGCAACCUCAUUUUAUCACUUUACAUGUUCUCAGUAUCAAGCAAGACUGUAUGCAUUUCUGCAGUAUAUAUACACAUCAUUUUUGUAUGUUUUUUUUUUUUUUGAGUUUAGGGGUGCUUGGUUUCUUGAUCUGCGAUGGCUGUUUGUGUAAAGCCUGUUCUGGUGAUGAGGCCUGCAAGGGUUUGGGAUCCAGGCGUCUCCCGUGUGGACAGGCAUAUGUUCUCUGCUAGAGAGAUCAGCACAUCCUUAUGGCAGAGUAUAUGUUUAGUAGUUCUGUUUCAUUCAGUUUUUUCCCCAGCUUCCUUUGUUACGUUUCUUUUUAUUUCCUUUUGUAACCUCUGACGUACCUCGUUCAGCGUGUUAAAAUUAAAAAAAAUGUAAGGCUACUUGUUUCAUGGCACCAUUAAGCAGAAUGUACAUUCAGACUGCUCCAUUUCUAUAUAUAUCUUGAAGAUUUUAAUGUAUAUAGGAGUAGUUUGCCAUGGGGGUAGAAACCCAGAAAUUCGUGACUUCUGUGUUUUCUCCAUUUUGAGUAUUUUGUAAUUUUUUUGGAAAUAUUUGUGGACAUAAACAAUAAAGCAAGCUACACCACA